AUGAGCAGUGAUUCAUUCAUGAUUUUCUAUAUUUCCUUGACUUUUAUUCUAUCAUUGUUGGUUGGAUGUGGUGGGAAAAAGAAAGCACCGAAAGUUGAAGGCAAGUCUGCGAAGUCUGCGCCGCCACCUCCGCAAGCCGCAGCUCCGCCGGCGGCACCAGCUGAAGAGAAAAAGGAUGAAGCUGCUGGAAAAACGAAAGAAGAGGAGAAAAAAGAAGAGGCGAAACCGAAAGAGGAAGAAAAACCGAAGGAUGAAGCUGGAAAAGAUGAGAAAAAGGAUGAAAAGAAAGGUAAGUGAGGAAUUUAAAGAGAAAGAUCAUAAAAACAAUAGAAACUUUCAGAUUCUAAACAAGAUGAGAAAAAAUCGGUGAUAAAAAGCGAUGAGAAAAAGACGAGAAAAAAGAUGCACCAAAUGGAAAAGAGGAGAUCAAACCCAAGCAAAUCACCAAAAACGCGAAGGAAGAGAAAAUUGCGAAAGGUGAAAAACGAAACAAGGGAGAUUAUCCAACUUUUAAUGAUGUUGAAAGUGAUUGGGAUUCUGCAAAAGAAAAGAAAAAGAAGGAAGGAGGAGGAACUGAAGGAGAGAAGAAGGAUGAUACGAAAAAGAGGAUGUGA